CGCUGCUCGCCAUGACCUUGCUGACAGCCAGCAGUAGGGCGGCCGCGCGCCUCCUGGGGGCCAAGAAUGCAUCAUGUAUCAUAUUUGCCGCUAGACAUGCUAGUGCCUCCACAAAUCUGAAAGAUGUUCUCACAAACAUGAUACCCAAGGAGCAAGCAAGACUUAAAAGCUUCAGGCAACAAUACGGCAGCUCGGUCAUUGGUCAAAUAACUGUGGAUAUGAUUUAUGGUGGCAUGAGAGGUAUGAAAGGGUUAAUAUAUGAAACUUCUGUGUUGGAUCCCGAUGAGGGUAUCCGUUUUCGUGGCUAUAGUAUUCCUGAGUGUCAGAAGCUGCUGCCCAAAACCCCUGGAGGUGCAGAGCCCCUGCCAGAAGGGUUAUUUUGGUUGCUGGUGACAGGAGAGAUCCCCUCCCAGGAACAGGUUAACUGGGUCUCCCGAGAGUGGGCCAAGAGAGCAGCUCUGCCUUCCCAUGUGGUCACCAUGCUGGACAACUUCCCCACCAACCUUCACCCCAUGUCCCAACUCAGCGCAGCUGUCACCGCCCUCAACAGUGAGAGUACCUUCGCCCGUGCCUAUUCCGAGGGAAUCAGCCGGACCAAGUACUGGGAGUUCAUCUAUGAGGAUUCCAUGGACUUGAUUGCCAAGCUGCCAUGUAUAGCUGCAAAGAUCUACCGUAACCUGUACCGAGAGGGCAGCAGCAUUGGUGCCAUAGACCCUGCCUUAGACUGGUCUCACAACUUCACCAACAUGCUGGGUUACAGUGACCCAGAGUUCAUUGAACUCAUGCGGCUCUACCUCACCAUUCACAGUGACCACGAAGGUGGGAAUGUUAGUGCUCACACCAGCCAUUUAGUGGGCAGUGCUCUUUCAGACCCUUACUUAGCUUUUGCUGCGGCCAUGAACGGUCUGGCGGGGCCACUCCAUGGUCUUGCAAAUCAGGAAGUGCUGGUAUGGCUGACAAACUUGCAAAAGGAGCUGGGCGAGGAUGUGUCGGAUGAGAAGCUGAGAGAUUUCAUCUGGAAUACCUUGAACUCUGGCAGGGUGGUUCCCGGCUACGGCCAUGCAGUGCUAAGGAAGACUGACCCUCGCUACACCUGCCAGAGGGAAUUUGCCCUCAAGCACCUUCCCAAAGAUCCCCUCUUCAAGUUGGUGGCUCAGCUGUACAAGAUUGUCCCUAAUGUGCUGCUGGAACAGGGCAAAGCCAAAAAUCCUUGGCCCAAUGUGGAUGCACACAGUGGAGUACUGUUACAGUACUAUGGCAUGAAGGAGAUGAACUACUACACGGUGCUGUUUGGCGUCUCUCGAGCCCUUGGUGUUCUGUCUCAGCUCAUCUGGAGCCGGGCACUUGGCUUCCCCUUGGAGAGACCCAAAUCUAUGAGCACGGAUGGGCUGAUGGUGCUUGUGGGUGCCAAGUCUGGUUAAAGCCAGGGAUGUGGCAGGGGGUAGCUAUUGAGGGAAUGGUUGAGACGAUACAAAUUAUUGGUUUUGUUCAAAAGGGCCUUGAUCUUUCCUUUUGAGGCACUGACCAUCACAUUUUCAGGUUAUUUAUGGGAUAAUGCAGCUGAAACUAGAAACGUAUCUCCCCCCGCCCCCCAUUACUUUUUAAUACCACCUAAAGUUAGUUUAGACUCUUAAGUGCAGGGCCCAGGGCAGCUCUUCCCAACUUGAGUUGAUACCCCAGGCUAAAGAUUGGGUUGCUUUCUAGCUCUGGUGUUACUACUUCAUUGCUGUGUUGCUGGCCAGGAACAGAGGAUACCUAUCCAUUUAACAAUCAUGUUGUAUCACAUGCUGCUUUUAUAUCGGCUGUAUCACCGUUUCCCCUCCAUGCAGAGAAGAGCUUCUGCAUUCUGAACAAUGUCCUCUUUUUCUAAGCCAGCUUGGAGCACUGUGAGGAGGGGAGGGAGGUUCUUGCCCCCCACAUGCUCA